AUGGCAAACCCCGGACAAGACACCGUGGAGGUAGAGGCAAGACUCCGCUUCGAUGAGGCGGCGCUGGCAAGAUACUUGAUCUCCCAGGGCCUGCCUGGCGUGGAUGGCGGACCUCUGAAAGUGAAGAAGUUCGGCUACGGACAGUCCAAUCCCACCUAUUGCUUGGACACCCAUGGCGGACAGAGAUAUGUUCUACGGAAGCAGCCCCCAGGGAAGCUUAUCCGUGGAGCCCACGCGGUUGACCGAGAGUACCGUGUGAUGAAGGCUUUGGGUCAGGUCGGCUACGAGGUGCCGGUUGUCCAUGCGCUGUGUGAGGAUCCCAAGGUCAUUGGAACAUCCUUUUACGUCAUGUCUUUUGUCAAGGGACACAUCCCGGACAAUGGCCUCCUAAAGCUUCCGAAGGACCGGCGAAGGUCCGCCAUGGAAGCGAUUGUACAGAGCCUGGCCAGGCUUCACAGCUACGACCCCAACACGCUGGGGCUCCUCUCAGGGAAGCCCUAUGGCAAAGUAGGGGGCUUCUACGAGCGCCAGAUCCGCACCAUGAAGAGGACCAGCGAGGCUCAGGUGUCCGGAUCAGAUGGCCACAUCCCGCCUAUGCAGCGCAUCAACGACCUGAUCCAGCUCUUUGAGGCGAACAUGCCUCCCGACAGGUCUUGCGUGAUCCAUGGCGACUGGAAGCCCGACAACCUCAUCCUUUCCCCCGACGGCCAGCCGAAAGUGUUGGUAGCCCAUCGGAAACGCGAUGCGCACAAUGAUUCUUAA